GACAGUUUGUGCAUGAGACGAGAGGAGAGCGUUUAUAAACCGUAAAUGUCCAACGGUGCACUUUCCUCCAUCUGUAUGUUCACACCCCAAAAUCCGAGCUCCCUCUCUCCGGACGGCACCCUGCCUGUGAUCUCCGACUCCAGCGGUCUGGCACUCGAUCAAAUGCCACAGAUGGACGGUGGUCCGUAUGGCCAGUCGACGGGCCCUCGAGGAUGUCCAAAGACGCAAGACAGCCGAAGCAUGGAACAAAUGAUGGGUUUCACCUACCCGCCCUAUUCGACCUGUCUCACUCCCUCAAACACAGACAGAGCAUCACAACAGAAUCAGCAGGAUUAUUCACAGUUUCUUCUGCCCCCUCCGGCGUCCACCCUCUGGCUGCCCGGUCAGAAGAGAGGCCCGAGUAAAGACAGCAUUGACUACCGCCUGCGCAGAGAGCGCAACAACAUCGCCGUGCGAAAGAGUCGUGAUAAAGCCCGCCGUUGUGUGCAGCUCACCCAGCAGAGAGUGCUGCAGCUGCAGGACGAGAAUCACCGACUGCAGCUACACAUACAGCGUCUGUCGCAUGAUGUGGACGCGCUCAGACAUUAUUUGCCCCAGCGCCACCUACAGGUCAAACAGCAGGACAUCGCAGGGGAAAACAACUGCUGAAUGCCUUUGGAGACUGGAGGUUUUUUACAUUUAUAUCACAAUAAAAUGAUUCGAGGCUUCUUUGUCUGAUGUCGAUCUGCUUUUGAGUGGAUUUUAAGCAUUGUAGUUCAUGCUAAAGUUAAUAGUUCAAGUACUGUAGAUAAAAGUGCUUAAUGUGAGUUUUCUGUUUCACUUUAAAUAAAUCUUUAA